AUGACAGGGCAGAAGCACACAGUUGCGGUGGUCGGAUCGGGGAAUUGGGGAUCGACGAUCGCCAAGAUCCUCGCCGAAAACACCAGAGAACAUCCCGAUGUCUUCGAAGAGAAAGUGCAGAUGUGGGUCUUUGAAGAGGACGUGACCGUCCCCGAGUCCUCGCCGCACCGCGGCCAGCUCGGCGACAAGACCUACAAGCUCACUGAGCUGAUUAACAAUGUCCACGAGAACGUCAAGUACCUCCCCGGCACGGCGCUGCCGGACAACGUGGUCGCGAACCCGGACCUGCUCGACGCCGUCAAGGCCGCGACGCUGCUCGUCUUCAACCUCCCGCACCAGUUCAUCGACAAGACGCUCGAGCAGCUGAAAGGCCACGUGCGCCCGUACGCGCGCGCCAUCUCCUGCGUCAAGGGCGUCGAGGUCGCCGAUGGCCGGGUCACGCUGUUCUCGGAGCUGAUCAUGCAGAAGCUGGGGAUCUACUGUGGGUCGCUGUCUGGCGCGAACAUCGCCCCCGAGGUCGCGGCCGAGAUGUUCUGCGAGACCACGAUCGGGUAUGACCCGCCACCCAUGGACCUGGAUUCCGAGCAGGAGGGCUCCCCCGAUAACCGCCACAAGAUCGACAAGCAGCGCCAGCACCGCGUCUCCACCACGAGCACCGUGCUGCACCGCGUGCCGGACGAGUACCCCACCGUCGACGGCAAGCUGCUCCACCGCCUCUUUGAGCGGCCCUAUUUCCAUGUUCAUGUCGUCCCUGAUGUCGCGGGCGUGGCGCUUUGUGGCGCGCUGAAGAACAUCGUCGCGCUGGCUGCCGGGUUCGUGGCUGGUAAGGGGUGGGGGGAGAACUCCAAGGCCGCUAUCAUCCGCAUCGGAAUGAUGGAGAUGCUCCGCUUUGGACGCAUUUGGUUCCCUGACUCGGUCGAUGGAAAGACCUUCACCGAGGAGAGCGCCGGCGUCGCGGAUCUGCUGACCUCCUGCUCCGCUGGACGGAACUUCCGGUCCGCGAAACAUUCGGUCGAGAAGGGGGUGAGCGUGGACGAGAUCGAACAGUCCGAGCUGAAUGGGCAGAAGUUGCAGGGUACAUCGACGGCGCGGGCUGUCUGCGACUUCCUGUCGACGCAUGGAAAGGCGGACGAGUUCCCAUUGUUCAACGCUGUGAAUGGUAUCCUCGAUGGCAAGGUCAGUGUUGACGAGCUACCAAAGUUGCUGAAGUGA